UGCCUGUGCGCGUUUGUGCGAGCGGGGAGGACAUGCAGUGUGGAGAAUGCAUGUGCAAGAAGGAGAUUUAGGAGGAGAGGGAGAGCGGAGCAGCAGAGAAGGGACAAGGGAGAGUGGGAGCUGCAGACGGAGAGAAAAAGAGACAAGAGAAGGAGAGUCAGGAAGAGAGCAGAGACCAGCAACUGCACGUCUGCCUCUGUCCGCCGCCUCUCGGAUGUCUCUGAGCACAGCUGUUGGUCUGUUGCAGAACUGCGAGCGAGCCUCCUGGUUUGUGGACUGCAAGACGGAGCGCCUGAGCUCGUAGUACACACCAGCCUGGAUUCUCCUGGAGUUGUGCUAAUAUGGCCAAUUAUGAGUGACGGUUUGACCAGCAAUGCUGUGGACUUGACUCAACACCCAUGAUCUCCAGCCAACUCUGGCAUACCCUCUUAAGAUGGGAAAUGCCUCCGAAUCAUAUCUGUUCGUUUCCAGAAUAUCCAAAAACAAUGACUUCCUCAUGGGAACCCUUUACACCAUUUUUGGUGUCCUGUCUUUGCUGGGGAACGGGAUCUUGUUAUUCGUGGCCUAUCGAAAGAAGUCUUCCUUGAAGCCAGCAGAGUUUUUUGUCGUCAAUCUGGCCAUCAGUGACCUGAGCAUGACGCUAACUCUCUUUCCACUUGCAAUUCCUUCAGCUUUUCUGCACAUGUGGUUAUUCAACAGGAUGACCUGUGCUGUCUAUGCCUUUUGUGGUGUUUUGUUUGGCCUGUGCAGUCUGACCAACCUCACUGUGCUUUCCUGCGUCUGCUGGUUGAAGGUCUGCUGCCCCAACUAUGGUAACAAGUUCUCAUACAGCCAUGCCUGCCUGCUGGUUGCUUGUAUCUGGUGCUACGCUGGAGUGUUUGCAGUUGGUCCACUGUCAGGCUGGGGGGAGUACGGCGCCGAACCUUACGGGACAGCGUGCUGCAUCGACUGGCAUGCUCCCAGCCGGAGUUCUGCAGCUAUGAGCUACAUCGUUUGCCUCUUCUUCUUCUGCUACAUCGUGCCCUGCACUGUCAUCUUUUUGUCGUACACGUUCAUCCUGCUGACAGUGCGAGGGUCUCGGCAGGCUGUGCAGCAGCACAUGUCACCGCAGAACAAGAUCACCAAUGCGCACGCACUUAUUGUUAAGCUUUCCGUGGCGGUUUGCAUCGGUUUCCUGACAGCAUGGAGUCCAUAUGCUGUUGUUUCCAUGUGGGCAGCAUUCGGAAACUCAGCAAAAGUGCCACCCAUGGCUUUUGCUUUGGCAGCUAUCUUUGCCAAGUCCUCCACCAUUUACAACCCAAUUGUUUACCUGGUAUUCAAACCCAAUUUCCGCAAGUCACUAUGUCGGGAUGUGGCCAAAUGCAGAAGCACACUCUGUGGAUGUGUGUGCCAGGACAGCUCUGCACAGAAGGGAACAUGCAGACAGUCUCAUCACAAUGAAGAGUGCAAUUCAACCCGGUUGUCCAACGGAUUACCUGAGAACCACAGGACCUGCAGACACUGUCCCUGCCCUGAAACAGACACAGGUGCCAGGGAGAACUGUGGAGACUACAGUCCCCAACAAACAGCCAGAAUCCUCAAAGGAUCUCUGCACAGCGAGGUGGCUGUCAGUCAGCUCUCCAAUGAAAUGCAGAGCGACUUCCUUUAAGUGGAGAGAAAAGAACUAGACACUUGAACCAUGAAGACAUUUAAAGAAAUCGAAGAAAAGAAAAAAAAGUGGAACAUAUCAAACAUGAAAAUGAGCAGAGACCUCAGAACUUUUUGGUUGAGGAAAAGUGUCAUGAUUCUGGGAGUUUUAAACUUGUGUCAUGCCUCAAAUAUGUGAUACUGCCGGAGAAGAAUAAAAAGAGACAGACCAACAAAGAAAAAAAAGUUAAUAGAGGAAAAUACAUGAGACAAACUCUUACAUUAGGAUUGCGAAAAGCAAUAAGCAAAAAAAUAAAGUGAUCAGAACAAUCAGAAUUGAGGAACCAAGACUGACGAAUUUCAAUGCAAAUGUAUUUCUGCUUUUUCAGACAGAGGAAGGGACACUGACACUUUUGACUCCCUCAACAGCCCUUUAUGUGCUUUUUAUGACCACCCUAGUUGAUGUAUAAGUAUUUAUAUAUGCAUGCAAACUAAAAGGACCACAGUUGCUUCUCUUUUCCAAUAGGAAAAGUCUUUCAUGCUAAGGCUGAACUCGCUUUUCUCAAUAGCAAUGUGCCAAACUAAAGGAAAUGCAUAAAAAAAGAAAGUAGGAAGAGUGGCCAGAUUUUUAUCUAAAAUUAAAAAGAAAAAAAACUUACAAACAUACAACUCUCACUAAUGGUAAAUUUAUAUGAGAAGUCUUAAUUAAAAUCAGUUUGGUUCAUUCAAACUGCAGCACCAAGACAAUGAGACGUAGAUGAAGUUGUGCAAACAUCCAAACACACUAGUAAUUAUGCCAUCCUUUUUUAUGUUUUUUUUUUUUAUCUAUUUAUUUAUUUAUUUAUUGUGCUGGUGGAUUUUCACAGAAUGCCAAUCAAGGGGCUUAAACAAAGUACAAAUGUAGUCAAUUGAUUUAGCUCUAUAAAUCUAGAGGGAUUUCUUCUUGAUAUAUUUGGAAAAAGUCAACAACUUCUUAAAUGUCAUCAAGCUGCCCAUCUAUCAGUACCACAGCUUUUGAGAUCAUGUCCUUAGACACACAAUUUUAACAAAGUAGAUCAGAUAAACUUUAACAUUGUUUUCUAAGCUCAUUAUGAGUAUUUUUCUAAUAUGUUUUUUUUUUUUUUUGCUUUUAAGAACUACAUGUAUACAGCUAUGAAGGAAAGGAGAGCGGUGAUCCUUUGGCAGGGUUUGGCACAAAAGGGAACAUUAAAACGGGCUUUUAACAUUUAUGUAUUCCAACCAGAAAAGAAAAAAACUAGUAUGUCAUGGCUAUGCAUGAACAUUGACCACUUGCCUUUAGUGCUUUUACUGCCUGUAGUACAAUAAAACUGUAACAACGGGGACGCUUUUCCUCAGCACAUACAACAUGGUUCUGAAAGAAAACGCCCACUCAGCAAAAUGGGCUUCACGGCAGUAUUUGCCCCAAAGCUUUUUUUCUGUUUUCCUCUGGCAGCAUAAGUCACAAACAGAGGAACAAAAAGAGAUUAGCCAUACAAGAUAAAGCGGAUCUACUCGAUUACAUGGGCUGGUUGACUAGCGUGAUUUUCAUGAUUCUUCUCUAUUUUGUGAGCUCAGCUCUGUGCAGUUCCCACCUUAACACAAACCUGCUUCUUUUUUUCCCCACUCUGGCUGCCAUCAUAUAUCACGCUAAAACAAUCGAGUCCUUGUGGUUGCCCCACUCCUUGGGUUACACUGAAGGAGACUGUGGAAAAUCAAAGUUAUCAUCAUCAUCUGAACUAACAUCCAACUUGGGCUUUUCACACUGCACGCGGCUGGAGGGUCAGAUCCUCAUGAGUACAGGGCUUUUAUCGUUGUUUGCUAUAAGGACUAAAGCGCUCUGGCAGACAUUAACUCUGCAUGAAGAACAAAGCCUCCUUUUUUCACUCAAGUUGUAGAUUUAUACAAAAAAACAAAAAGAAAAACCGCUCAGUUAAAUUAAUGUCUAGCAACACUUAUCUCACCAUUCACCUGCUUUCAAAUGCAAAUCAUUGCCAUCAUUUCUACCUCUUUCAGCUCUAAAUGGAGGAUAAAGACUAUCGCUUUUGUCAUUGUUGUCAGCAUUAGAACUUUUCAGGACUAAGUGUGUUUUUACACAAUUUUAUUGCAACAAAAAAAACAUCUAGGUCAAAUUUUUAGUUGACAAUGUGUUUUUACUCAAUCAAUUCAAUGUUCACUGACUGCCUCAGUAUUCAAAGAAAGCAGGGUGUUCAAACUAAGAAAAGAAUCAGCUGAUUCAGUAAACUACUCAACCUAUGGUUGUCAUUUGUAAAUUUAAAAUCUAAAAAAAAAAUAGAAGAUAAAAGGACAGAUGUAUGAAAGCAGUCUAAUGAUAUCAACAGUUCUCUACCGUAAACAUUCUUCAAACCUCAGUGCAAACUUGUGAAUAUCAAGUGUGAAUCACUGAGAUGUGAGAAGGAAUGAAAGAAGCCUUGGGCUGUUUGAAGGCGAGGUUUAUUUCAGAUGACGCAUGGAGCUACAUGUGAAAAUCCUCCUGCUGUAACGAUAAGGACCAUUUUUGGAGACAAACAGGCCUUUAAGCGGAUGUGCUUUAGUGGAGAGUGGAUGUAAAGCAGGACGGCUGUCUGAAACUUUUCAUCUACGGGAUGUAUCUGACAGCUUGUGAUCUGUAAUAGUCUAUAGGAUGAGAUAAGCUGCUUACAGUACAAGACAUGAUUCCCGUAUCCCAAGAAAAAAAAAAAAAAACGCAGAAUGGUUUACCCCUUACGUGAUUUCAUGCAGACCGGAACAGAAUAAAUGACCAGUGCAAUGCAACAAGAACGUUCUGCUUGUCAUGCUGCAGCCAAAGGCUACAAUUACCUUUACAUUCGUCAAAGCCAACGUGCUGUUUUGGACACUCGUAUUUUUCUACCAAUAUGCAGGUCAACAUGAAAAGAAUAUACAUAUCAAAGACUUGGCUGCAAGUUUUCAGCUGGAGAGGCUUUUAAGUGGGAAAAGAUGGAUGAACAAACCAGAAAAACUGUGAAAAAUCUGCCUGUGAUGUUUUUUUUUUUAUUUUAUUUUAUUGUAUUCUAUUCAUAUGAGAAAAACAUGUACCUAGCUGUGUAUUUUGUUUUAUUAGCCAUUCCCACCUGGGUCAUUUACACUGGUUUUAGCUGUUACAGUUGCUCAACAUGCUGUAAAUAUUGUUGUUGCCUGCUUGCAAAUAUGUAUAUAUGACGUGCUUGUACAGAUGCCAAAUUUCUAGAUUAUAUAUAAACGUCAACCAAAAAAAAUGAUAUUUUUGCCGCGUCUUGAAAUGGGGAUGAUGGGUCUUAUUUUCUGAUGUUGUUUCAGCUUCUGGCUGUUCACAUUCAAAGGGUUUCAGAUUUUUUUUUCCAUUAUGAAGUUUCGGUGCAAAAUAGCUGCAGGGUCUUCGAGUUUUCUCGCUGCAGCUGGAAUCCAUUCUCCUUGAGCCCUUUAAAUUUGUCAUUAAAUGACUAUUUGCCUCUGCACAUGUAUAGUUUCCCGUUAAAACACAAGCGAGGCAGGCUGCGGUACUUGGAAAAGCCAGUUUUCUAUAAACGUUCUGGUACAUUGGCCUGGGUAAAACUUGAGUGCUGAACUUUCCCAUCAAAUUUGCAAACGUUUUCAUCUGAAUUGUGUCUUCAGGAAGAAGGAUUGAAUUCAACCGAAAGAAAAUACUUUGGUUCUUGAUCUUUUAGUCAUUACUCUUGUCAAAUAUUGGCAUAAAUAUAAGAGAAAAUCCCACUUAAUUAAUUAAAAGUUAAACAACUUCAAUGCGAUUAUCACUAGAUGUUAAGUUCAGAUUUAUACCAGAAUGCUUAUCAGAAAGAUUUAAGCAUCCACUGUUAACGAAACGUAUUUGGCCCAAAAAUGCUUAGAUCAUUUUAAAUAACCACAGUGAUGAUGUAGCAGAAGUGUUCAUGGCUUGAAGCAGAUUUAUCCCUUGUAUUGAGCUGCCAUCAGUGCAGAGAAAAGCCCCCUAUAUCAGUCUUUGACAAAUGUCUUCUUCGUGUUGGAUCUGAAUCACAUUUGUCAGCACGUUAGCUUGAAAUGAUUUAGCUAAUCUUAUUUUGAAAGCAAAGCUCUAAAUCAGGACAAACUAUUUAUGUAACAAUUAAAGGGAAUGGAUUCCAAUUCAAAUCCAUUUGCACAAAAAUACUGUUUACAAACAAACACUAAUCCACAUUAUUCGAAGCUGAAUGUGAUCAGGAAGAUGCAGGAAUGAACUGAAAGUUUAUUGAAUCAUUUAACAAUGUUUCUGUUGGAAAGAAAACGUUUUGUCCUCAGGAGAUUUUCAGCUUUGGACCAGACUGUAUGACUGUACCCACAACAGAUGACUCACAUCAUAAGUUUUGUAGACUCUGACUCCCCUUUGUAUAAGACGCAAACAAGAUUGAAUGUGAUGUGCAUAUGUUCAAAGAUGAAAAGCUAUGUUUAACUUUAAAGAUUUUAAAAAAUAUUAAAUUAUUAUAAUGGUCGUCAGUUAAGUUUCAGAUGCACUGUGAAAUUGUUUACAUAUUUUUUGGGUCAUGAACUAUAAAGAAUUGUAUGAAAAGUGUAAAGUGCAUCUACUCAAGGGUAUAUAAUUUGUUCUGAAGUGUAAUGUAAAUUUAAAAUAAAAAAAAUGAUUCAGGAUGACA